AUGAAGAUCACCUCCGCCUUGGCUACGCUCUUCGCCCUCGCGGCUGCGACGCCGACCCCGACCGUCGACCACGUCGCCGAGAAGGCCCACCUCGUGAAGCGAGCGUCCAUCUCAGACAAGGCGACUAUUGGUUAUGCCACUCUGAACGGCGGAACAUCGGGAGGAUCCGGUGGAACAGUCACCACUGUUUCUACCCUGGCCCAGUUCACUGCCGCGGUCGAUGAGAAGGAUAGUACCCCGAGGAUUGUGGUUGUUCAGGGUACCAUUAGCGGCACUGCCAACGUUCGCAUCGGUAGCAACAAAUCUGUUAUUGGUGCAUCUGCUGGCGCAGGAUUCAACGGAGUUGGACUGUAUGUUCGCCGCCAGUCCAAUGUAAUUAUUCGCAACAUCAAGUCUACCAAUGUACUUGCUUCAACUGGCGAUGGCGUGAAGAUUGAUGAAAGCAUCAACGUGUGGAUCGACCACAGCGAGUUCUCUUCUCAACUCGUCGCUGACAAGGACUACUACGACGGCCUCAUCGAUGCAUCCCACGCUUCUGACUUCAUCACUAUCUCCUACACCUACUUCCAUGACCACUGGAAGACCUCCCUGAUCGGCCACAGCGAGAACAACAAGGCAGAAGACACCGGUCAUCUGCGUAUCACCUACGCCAACAACUACUGGGCCAACUUUGGUUCCCGUGGCCCGUCUCUGCGCUUCGGCACUGGCCACGUCUACAACUCUUACUACCUCAACGGCAACUCUGGAAUCAACACCCGUCAGAACGCGCAGGUCCUUAUCCAGAGCAACGUAUUCAAGAAUGUGACGGUUCCCAUCACCACUCUGGACUCCGAUAUCGUCGGCUAUGCUGUUGCCAUCGACAACGACCUUGGGGGUGCUGUCAACACGGCUCCCGUCGGCACCUUGAACGCCAACUCCCCUCCUUACUCCUACACCCUGCUUGGCUCCGCCAAUGUCGUCGCCACCGUCCCUGGACAAGCUGGCCAGAAGCUUACCUUCUAG